AUGCCGAAGCGGACAGGAAUCGUCGUUGGAAUUGACUUUGGAAACACAUGUACUGGAGUGUCCUACGCACACCAGAACGACGGUGAGAUGAUUGAUGUAGUGAAAUGGCCAAAACAUCUGAACGCGUAUGCCAAAGUACCGACGGUCAGUUUAUACAAGACGAACGACGACAAGGCUUUCGUUAGUUGGGGGUCCUCCGCACUCUCAAGCUAUAAGCGAUGCAGAGCCAAUCAUGUCCUCAUGCGCGACUACAAGCUGCAACUCUUUGAUCAAGGCGCGUGUGGUCGUCUAGAGCAUGGUUUACAUCUGACUGAUGUCUUCACACAGUAUAUCCGGAGCAUUCACCGCCAUGUUAUCGAGGAAGUCAACAAGAGCCAGGUUCUUUCAGCUGAAUCAGUCCCAAUGCACUACUGCAUCACGAUCCCACAAGCAUGGACGUUGCCUACACGGGAGCUGGUCCUGAGGUGCUAUAUCGAAGCAGGAAUUAUCCUACAGACACCUGCAUCAAACUUGACCGUCAUCACAGAGGCAGAGGCUGCUGCAACCUUUUGCCGUGAGCACUGUGUAGAAUUCGAGUCUCUCAAGGACGGGGAUAUCUUUAUGAUCUGUGAUGCAGGCGGAUUAACAACACAUGUCACUGCAUUCCGUGUUGAUGACUCGCUCGGUGUGCGUCAAUUCGUGCGUCUUUCAAGUUCGCAUGCUGAGAAUUGUGGUUCGGUCAUGCUCGACCGGAAGUUCAAGGACCUUGUUUUACAGCGACUAGCAGGUUUUAAUUUAGAUGCCAAACCCCAGCGCCAGAAAGCGCUCGAAACGCUGCUUGAGAGUUUUGACGAGAUCAAGUUCCAAUUUGAUGCAAACUCCAAGGACGAGAUCAAGCAUAUUUUGGUGCCUAUGGGACUGGAUAUGAAUGAGCUGGACCCGCCACCGAGCUGGAUGGAGGAUGAGUACAUGUCUUUGAGCGGAGAGAUACUGUGCAGAGAUGUUUUUGACCCAGUGAUUGAAAGGAUCGAGGAGCUGGUUCAGGAACAGUCUAAAGUGCAUGCUGUCUGCGUCUGUCUAUUCCUCGUGGGCGGUUUCGGAGCCAACAAGUACUUGUACCGUAAACUGUGCCAGUCGAGCAUGGUUUCUGACGGGGUUCAAUCCAAUGCUGGCGGAGGGCUGAUAAAGAAAGUGGUGAUGGUCCAAAAAGCAGAGCUGGCUGUAGCACGCGGCGCGGUGAUCUAUGGCCUCAAGAGCGCAGCCCAGCAGGCCAAGGCGUUCUUAUGA